UUGUCUUUUUCUCCUCCUCCAAGCACAGCUUCGACGAUACCGACAGACAUCGCCAGCAGCCUCCCUCGCCACAAUGUCUACCUCCGUCCCUACCAACGACAACAUCCUGGUCCCUGAGACCCUGCUCAAGAAGCGCAAGAGCCAGGAGAAGGCUCGCGCUGAGCGUGCUGCUGUCGUUGAGAAGCGCAAGGCUGCCAACAAGGAGAAGCGUGGCGUCAUCUUCAAGCGUGCCGAGAAGUACGUUCAGGAGUACCGCAACGCUGAGCGUGAGAAGAUCCGUCUUCGCCGCGCCGCCAAGGCCGAUGACUCUGCCUACAUCCCGGCCGAGGCCAAGCUGAUCUUCGUCGUCCGUAUCAAGGGUAUCAACAAGAUGCCCCCCAAGCCCCGCAAGGUCCUCCAGCUGCUCCGUCUCCUCCAGAUCAACAACGGUGUCUUCCUGAAGGUCACCAAGGCUAUCACUGAGAUGCUCAAGAUCGUUGAGCCUUGGAUCGCCUACGGUUACCCCAACCUGAAGUCCGUCAAGGAGCUCAUCUACAAGCGUGGAUACGGCAAGGUCGACAAGCAGCGCGUUGCUCUGACCGACAACUCCAUCAUCGAGGCCAACCUCGGCAAGUACGGCAUCAUCUGCAUUGAGGAUCUCGUCCACGAGAUCUUCACUGUUGGCCCCAACUUCAAGCAGGCUGCCAACUUCCUGUGGCCCUUCAAGCUGAGCAACCCCACUGGUGGUUUCCGCACCCGCAAGUUCAAGCACUUCAUCGAGGGUGGUGACCUUGGCAACCGCGAGGAGGCCAUCAACGCCCUCAUCCGCCAGAUGAACUAAGUUAAUCAAAGCAAAAAAAUGGGUUCACGGAUUUCGGUAGCGGGAAUACCUUAGGGAAAUAUUAAGCAUGGUUGCUCGGCGUUGGUAUCACGAUUUGGCCUUUGUUAAAUUGACUCUUCGAUGAAUGACACUCGAGUUUCCAUGCUG